CUUUGGAGCUGGGCAUGAGGCUGAGCCGGAGCAGGGUGCCGUGGGGAGCAGGGUCCCCGUGACCGGACCGGCACUGACACCUGGUUCUCACCUGGGUCCUCUCGGUCAAGCCAAGGCAGCUGGUGAACCAGCAGAGCCCGAGCGAGCCCCUGACAGGCGGGAGAAGCAGAGUUUCUAAAAAAGAUGUAUUUUGUUUUCACACGUCUUCCUGAAGCAGGAGUCCGGACUUCCCAUCGUGGUUGUGAAAGAAAUGCCUUAAUAGCUUUUUUUCUUUUUGGGGGGUGGGUCUCACCUUGUCCAUGAGAUCAGAGCUGUUCUCCCUCAGGGUCUGUGAGGCUGGAACGGAGAUGGUUAUAUUUCUACCUGGACCAGCCUCCAUUCCCCCACAUCUGUGCCUUCCACCCCACCUCCUCUCUCCCCCUCUCCCCAGUUUCUACCACUCGCCCAAGCUCAGCCCCUUCCCUUUCUGAUGUGGCCUUGUUAAUACCUGUCUACAUAACAUGUAAACGCCAUGCGGUAAUUUCAGCGAGGCACAUGCUGUCCCUUCUGGCCCCAGAGGCAGGCGUGCCCCCACUUGCCAUCAAGUUCCUUCCAAAGGGUGGUGGGUGUCCAGGUUGGUUUGUCCGGCUCCCCCCUCCUUGCCCUGCGCUUAAUAAUGUCAUAUGUAUCCGCCUGCAGAGAUUGGAAGCCUCUGCCCCCCUACGAGCCAUAUUUUGCUCAUCUUGUCCAGAUCGAACCCUUAAGGAGAUACAUUCUCUUACAGGAAAAACCUUGGUGUGUGAGCAUAAUUUAUUCUGAAAACAGGUUAACAUCCAAAGCGCUCAUAUGUGGAAGCGAAUUUAAAAAAACCAUUGGCUCAGUUGUGAUCACGUGACAUUUGGCGUCACAUACGACUCAUAUCGCAAGACAUCGCUUAUUUAUCAAGUAAACAUUUACUAGAAAUGUUUGCUCUUCUGUGGAACCUUCGCAGGACAAGUUCCUCACAGUCCAAGCUUUUACUGUAUAAUAUUUGGGGCUCAGUGGUGUCUAGACCGGAAGGAUUUUUAAUGGGGGUAAAUGGAGGCUUUAUCUCAGAGAAGUUGUGGAGGAAGCCAGCUGGUGACCUGCUGUGUCCCAGACAGACUGGCGGCAUGGACGGAAAGACCACAAGGGGAGAGGCUCAGGGGUCAGGAGCACGUGGGCCAUGUCCAGCAGGUGCGCCCACCCACGGGACACAAGCUGGUGGGCGCGGGGCUGGAACCUGGCCUUGGCUCCACUCUGAUGUGGCUGUGGCUCCUCACAAGGUCACAAGAAUUCAAGCCAAAGGCCGGUGCCUGUCCUGACCUUCCUGUCACAUUCUCAGAAGCUGGAGGGACCUACUGGUGACAUAGGUGCUGCAGAACGGUACAUGUAGCUUGAAGAAGGAGCCCAUGGCUUUAGCUGGCUGCCCGGAUUCCUUCGUGCACCGUCCCUACUACCAGGACCAGGUGGAGCAGACCCCCCCUGUCAGCCCACGAGACCUGGCAGGACCUGGCUUCCCAGCUCAGUCUGACCGGCUCACCAACCACCAGGAGGAUGACGUAGAUCUGGAAGCCCUGGUGAACGAUGUGAGUGCGUCCCUGGAGAGCCUGUACCCGGCGUGCGGCAUGCAGUCGGACACGGCGCCCCUGCUCCAGAACGGCCAGCACGCCCGCGGCCAGCCGCCCUCGGGAGCACGGUCCCCGCAGCCGCGGGCGGCCCCGAGACCGCAGGUGCAGCGCUCGCAGCCCGUGCACAUCCUCGCCGUCAGACGCCUGCAGGAAGAAGACGACCAGUUCCGAACCUCGUCUCUGCCAGCCAUCCCCAACCCCUUCCCGGAGCUCUGCGGCCCCGGGAGCCCCCCGCUGCUGACCAGAGGCUCCUUACCUCCCAGCCAGGCGGCUGCGAAGCAGGACGUUAAAAUCUUCAGCGAAGACGGGACGAGCAAAGUGGUAGAGAUCCUGGCAGACAUGACCGCCAGAGACCUGUGCCAGCUGCUGGUGUACAGAAGUCACUGUGUGGAUGACAACAGCUGGACGCUCGUGGAGCACCACCCGCAUCUGGGACUAGAAAGAUACCUGGAAGACCAUGAGCUGGUGGUCCAGGUGGAGAGCACCCUGGCAAGUGAAAGCAAAUUUUUAUUUAGAAAGAAUUAUGCAAAAUAUGAAUUUUUCAAAAAUCCUACGAAUUUCUUCCCAGAACAGAUGGUUACUUGGUGCCAGCAGUCAAAUGGCAGUCACAGCCAGCUUUUGCAGAACUUUCUCAACUGCAGUAGCUGUCCUGAAAUCCAGGGGUUUUUGCACGUGAAGGAUCUCGGGAAGAAGUCGUGGCGAAAGCUGUUCGUGUGUUUGCGGAGGUCGGGCCUUUACUGCUCCACCAAGGGGGCAUCAAAGGAGCCCAGACACCUGCAGCUGCUGGCGGGCUUGGAGGACAGCGGCAUAUUCUCCCUGAUCACCGGCAGGAAGCAGUACUGUGCGCCCACGGACUAUGGCUUCUGCAUAAAGCCCAACAAAGUCAGGAGCGAGACAAAGGAGCUGCGGCUGCUGUGUGCUGAGGACGAGCAGGGCAGAACGUGCUGGAUGACGGCGUGCAGGCUCCUCAAGUAUGGGACACUCCUGUACCAGAACUACAGAGUCCCGCUGCAGAGGAAGCCCUUGCUCCCCGCCUUCGCAACGCCAGUGCGCAGCGUCUCGGAGAACUCCCUCGUGGCCAUGGACUUUUCCGGGCAAACAGGAAGAGUGAUCGAGAACCCGGCCGAAGCCCAGAGCGCAGCCCUGGAGGAAGGCCACGCCUGGAGGAAACGGAGCACACGGAUAAAUGUCCUUGGCAGCCAAAGUCCCCUCCACCCGUCUACCCUGAGUACAGUGAUCCAUCGGACGCAGCACUGGUUUCACGGCCGCAUCUCCAGGGAAGAGUCGCACAGGAUCAUUAAGCAGCAGGGGCUGGUGGACGGGCUUUUUCUCCUCCGAGACAGCCAGAGCAAUCCAAAGGCUUUUGUGCUCACGCUGUGUCAUCAUCAGAAAAUUAAAAAUUUCCAGAUCUUACCUUGCGAGGAUGACGGCCAGAUAUUCUUCAGCCUUGACGACGGGAACACCAAAUUCUCCGACCUGAUUCAGCUCGUGGACUUCUACCAGCUCAACAAAGGAGUCCUGCCUUGCAAACUGAAGCACCACUGCAUCCGAGUGGCCUUAUGACCUCACACGGACUCUCGGCGGAGGCUGGGGGAAGCUGACACUGGAAUGAGGAAGGGGAUGUGCAUCGCAGAGAGCACACGUCUGUUCUGCACCCUGGUGGGGGGGUAGGGGAGCGGGGAGGAGGGGUCCGUCAUGGCCAGCCACCUGGGACAGAUCGGUGGCUGGACUGGAUGGUGAUUUGCUGCUGCGGAGCCGGUGUGGGAGCGCCUCCCUCCGCGCCGGCGACAUCAGGGAGGCGCGAGUUGGAGAGGAAACCGGAGCAAUGGUCUCGGCCGGGCCAUGUCCGCGUGACAGCCGAAGACGAGUAAUUGGAAAUGAACUCUUGCCCUGGAAUAAUCUUGACAAUUAAAACUGAUAUGUUUACUUUUUUGUAUCGAUCACUUUUUGCACUCCUUCUUUGUUUUCAAUAUUGUACCCAAAUCCUGUCGGAGGGGGCAUGGCGCCUGCGGGGUCAGGUGCAGGGCCAGCAUCUGCAUCGACUGCGCAUGCUCCAGCGGCUAACUACAGGCCCGCCCCCUGUGGCUGGAGGGCGGGGCCCACCUUGUGUAGGUUUCCUAGGCUGUUAGGCUCCAGCUAAACAAACUACACCCAGCCCUUCCAAGAAUACUUGAAGAGCUUCUUUUUAAAAAAAAAAAUAAAAGGUGUCACCUGUGGUGGGCAUUUUGGCACAUUUUGUGGACCCAGGCAACUAUGUCUGUCAGUCCCUUCCCUAUGCGCAGGUGUCCUGCACACUUGUUACCAGUGUGUCGUGUCCUCCACAGUUCAGGAGACCUGGGGUUUUUUGGACAGUGCGCUCUCCCACAACAUGGCGGGCCCCUAGCUGGACAUGGGGAGCAUCCCCGGGCACCCAGUGUCUGCCGCUGGGGGCCCCUUUUCAGCCUAUUCUAGGGCGAUCUCUGCCUUAGCCCUCUCCCCUCGCAGUGGCUGGGCCCCUUCCUGGCUCUUGUUCCUCUGGGGGUUGAAGAAUCUAAAAGAAAAAUGACACUUGGUUGGCUUUCGCUGUGGCCCGUGGGUUUCCAUAGUGAUGAUGACAGAAAUAUUGGAAAGGGCACGUCUGCAGCCUGGCAUUUAAAGGGCUUCACUCAAUGGCCUCCCAUCCUGCUGAAAACACCCGUGGGCCAGUGCACGCCGGGCCUCCCCCUCAGCCGGCUGGCACUCAGAAGUACCUCACAGCAGUUGUGGGCAUUGAAGAGUCUUAUCGAGGGAACACUGCUUCCCCCUCGGGGGGACUGAGUCAGAGGUGGGCGGGCUGGAGGGUCCCUCCGCCCAGCCCCUUAGCGGAGUCACCAGGUGUGAGAGUGGCCGUGUCCUUCCCUUCAGUCUCUGUAGAGUAGAAAGGUCUCUCUUGACAGGUGUACAGACUACUGUGGCCAAGAUGGUCCCCUUUUCUGAGAUCAGUUGCCACCCGUGACUGGUCCUCUGGAUGGGUGCCAGCCACUAGGUGGCCUGGCCUGGACCUAGCACCAUGCCCUGGAGGAAUAUGCCCACGGUGAGGGACACAUGUGGCCAGCUCUGGUGACACAUAUGCCCUCAAAGGAAGGAACUCUAGGGUCUAGAAACACUGUAUUUCACUUUACAGGUCUCACUCUACUCGUCUUCCGUGAAACGUCUACUUACAUGAAGACAGACUUUGUAGUAAAACGUUCUUAACCAUAAAGGCUCAGCGGCAUCUUCUUCCUUCUGUAGCCAGUUCUGUCUUUCAGACCAUAGACAAGUAGGGAAUUCUCAAGUCCUACCUGGCAGCAAGCUUCGGGUGCCCGUCACCUUGGAGUGGCUUUUUUCGCACCAUUAAGAUGUUUCUCUUUUCACCGGUUGGAAAUUGAACCUUUAAAAAAAUGCUAUGAUUUCUUUUUUUUCUUUUGUUUUGGGUUUGUUGUUUGUUUGUUUUUUUCUUUACAUAGACCAGUAAGACGAGACUCUCACGGCCCUCUCUGAUAGCAUCCACAGCAUUUUGUGUUUAUAAACCUGCAUUUUAUUUAAAAGGAAGACAAAAGCUGGUCUCUGAUGCAGUGUGUGUGUCGCUAGUUUGACGUAGUCUUUUGGACCUCCCUGGCCGCAGUGAAAUGCUGGAGGGUGUCAGACCCCCCCCCCACCUCCCCAAAGGCUACAGCUCAGUCACUGCUCUGCCUGGUAGCUGGGAGUUCCCCCCCAAAAGCAGCCGCUCCCACGAGGAUGCAGGCAACCGGCCCAGCCACCCAGGGACUGAAGGACGUUCGACUUUUAUUUUUAUAUUUAGAUGACAUGAAUGUAAACGGAACAGCUCAGGGUCAUUUUAGAGCCUGUUGACUUUUUACCCUCUCUGCCUGUGAUUUUCCUCUCUGAAAUGAAAACCCCACGUAGCACCCUGGACUUUGUUGGGAAGGAAAUACCAAAUGCUUCGGGGAUUCAACUGUUCCUAGGUGAGCUCUGUCCCCCUUGGUCGUAGAGUUCCAGAACAUUGUUUUGUUCACUAAAUCUUGAAGAGAAUAUGUGCCUCAGUCUAGCUGUUUUUUUCCUCUCUUUUCUGCACUUAAUACCUGACAGUUUGACCAAGAGCACACCUUUGCGGGACGGGACCUGCUCAAGGUGUAUCGUGACGUCACAGCACAAGUUGCAGUGACCACAAUGUGGCCUGACCUGUACACAUUUUCAGGGAAUGCAGAAAAUGUUAAGAGACAAAACCUUUAUUCCACAUGCUUUGCUUCUUUCUGUACAUAGCUCUUCGGCUUGUGAACCUAAUUGUAAACGUUCAGGUAUUUUUGUACAAAUAAGGGACUGAUGUUCUGUUUCUUGUAAUUAGAAAUAAACAUUACUAUAGCAUUCUCCA